GAAUAAAAUUGAUAAGAUACCACAUUUCUUUGCUGCUGUCCUGAAAGCACUGGGGAAUGCUCUGUUUAUGCUAUAUACUCGCUGAUUCCUGAAAUCUCGAAGUUCAAUCACCUCUUCACUUUGACCUACCUUUAUUCUCUUCCUGCGCGACAAUGCCAGGUGACCUGGUUGACCAUUCACCCCACCAGCCCACUAGAGCUGCGAAGCUUAGCAGUGCCUCCAAUGUCAUUUUGAUCGACAAUUAUGACUCUUUUACUUGGAACGUCUACCAAUAUCUUGCCUUGGAGGGUGCUACUGUUACAGUAUACCGCAAUGAUGAGGUUUCUGUGGAGGAUUUGAUCGCGAAGAAUCCCACGCAGCUGGUGAUCAGUCCAGGCCCUGGCCACCCAGAGAAGGACGCCGGCAUCAGCAAUGCAGCAAUCAAAUAUUUCAGCGGGAAGAUACCUGUGUUUGGUGUGUGUAUGGGCCAGCAAUGCAUGAUACAUUCCUUUGGCGGGAAGGUUGAUGUGACUGGCGAGAUUCUGCACGGCAAAACUUCGGCGUUGACUCAUGACGCCAAGGGCGUCUAUGAGGGACUGCCUUCGUCACUGGAAGUAACUCGAUAUCAUUCACUUGCCGGAACUGCUGCGACAAUCCCCGACUGUUUAGAGGUGACAUCUUGGGCCCAGCUGGACGGAGGCAAUGGCAAAGUGAUUAUGGGAAUACGGCACAAAGAAUAUACUGUGGAGGGUGUUCAAUUUCAUCCAGAGAGUAUUCUUACGGAGUAUGGCCGAACAAUGUUUAGGAAUUUUCUCAAACUGAAGUCUGGCACUUGGGCAGAAGACCAACAGUCUCGUGACGGGCAGAACAGUUCUUCCGUUGUAAAUGGUACGGCCAGCCGGAAGAGCGCCGACAAGGUGGAUAAGAAAGUUUCCAUUUUGGAGAAGAUUUACGCUCAUCGCAGGGCCGCUGUCGAAGCGCAGAAGGCUAUCCCGUCUCAGCGUCCGGAAGACCUUCAGGCUGCGUAUGAUUUAAGUAUUGCUCCUCCACAAAUCCCGUUUCCCGCCCGCCUUAGGCAAUCGCUAUACCCUCUGUCUCUCAUGGCAGAGAUCAAACGAGCAUCACCGUCAAAGGGCAUCAUAGCAGCCUCGGCAUGCGCUCCAGCUCAGGCACGGAAAUAUGCUAAGGCAGGCGCAAGUGUCAUCUCUGUUCUCACAGAACCAGAGUGGUUCAAAGGCAGUAUCGAUGAUUUGCGUGCUGUUCGGCAGAGCUUAGAAGGGUUCACCAAUAGGCCCGCCAUCUUGCGGAAAGAGUUUGUCUUUGAUGAGUAUCAGAUUUUGGAAGCACGUUUGGCUGGUGCGGAUACUGUCUUACUGAUUGUGAAAAUGCUGUCAGUCGAACUGCUCACGAAGCUAUAUCACUACUCUCGAAGCCUAGGGAUGGAACCCCUUGUUGAAGUCAAUACACCUGAGGAGAUGAAGAUCGCUGUCGACCUGGGAGCUGAGGUAAUUGGUGUCAACAAUAGGAACCUCACAAACUUUGAGGUUGAUCUUGGUACGACUAGCCGACUGAUGGAUAUGGUACCUGAGACUACCAUUGUAUGUGCGCUUAGCGGCAUUUCAGGCCCAAAGGAUGUGGAGGCUUACAGAAAAGACGGCGUGAAAGCUAUUCUUGUCGGAGAAGCCCUCAUGAGGGCUGCGAACACAUCGGCUUUUAUUUCGGAACUGCUUGGUGGAAACAUUGAGCGGACACCAGUCACAAUGCAAGAUUCCCCCUUAGUGAAAAUUUGCGGCACUCGGUCCGAGGAAGCUGCUAAGGUUGCCAUCGAGGCCGGUGCAGAUCUUAUCGGCAUCAUUCUCGUUGAAGGCCGCAAACGGUGUGUCCCAGACAGUGUUGCUUUGGGUAUUUCUCGGGUAGUCAGGUCGACUCCACGCCCUAACGAUGCGCCUCAGAGAAUAGCGAAUGAGUCUUCUCGCGACUACUUCGAUCAUUAUGCUUCAGUCCUUCGCCAUCCCACUCGCGCUUUGCUUGUGGGUGUCUUUCAAAACCAGCCAUUAUCUUAUGUUCUUGACCAGCAGCAGAGACUAGGACUCGACAUCGUACAAUUGCAUGGAUCUGAGCCAUUGGAAUGGGCUAGUCUCAUACCGGUGCCGGUUAUUCGCAAGUUCAGUCCAGGGGAGCCUGGACUUUCCCGCAGGGCUUAUCAUGCGCUCCCAUUACUGGAUUCAGGUGCAGGAGGAUCUGGCGAAUUACUUGAGCGGUCUAAUAUCCUCAAAACCCUGGAUGGUGAUGAUGGAGUGAGAGUUAUCUUGGCUGGUGGUUUGAAUCCCGAUAAUGUUGCUGACAGACUGAAGAGUCUGGGCAAGUUAGGGCACAAAGUUGUCGGGAUCGAUGUUAGCUCUGGCGUCGAGUCGAAUGGUUCCCAGGAUCUAGACAAAAUCCGUGCAUUUGUGAAAGCUGCGAAAAGCAUUCAGCUUCAAUAAUCAGACAUGGUGCUUGGAACCAUUUUUUGCGAUAUCUACAAACCCGAAGUACUUUCCAGUCAGAGCUCUGCUUGCGCUUGGUUUUAUGCACUUCUCCUCGGACCUGGCCUCUAUUCUGUCUUGGACUUUCCUCUUACUUUCAUGACUUCUGUAUGGAUCAUCCAAAUGUAUGAAAGUGAUGAGUAGAUAGAUCAAUGGAACAUUAUCUCUUG